AUGAGAGUAAGCUAUCAGAGUAAGCAGUGUAUUCAUCUAGGCUCUAGGGUUUCAGAUUAUAAUACUAUUUCUUUAAAUUCAUGGUUUCAGGUUCUUGAUCUUGUACUUGGACAUGGAGAUGAUUUGUUCAGGCGAGCACAGUCGAAAGCCCUCGUCUCUAUUCACGACCUUGAGGCUGGAAAGGGAGGUGAACUAACACAUGACAACGAUUACAGUGGAGCGCUAGAUUUAACUGAAAAGACUGCCAAGGAGGCUAUGACACCUAUUGAAUCAAGAUUGUGCUUGGAUGUUGAUUCAAAUUUAGACUGGCCGUGGAAAACUGAAGUUAUCUUAAAGAAAAACUGA